AUGGCGUCGGAGGACGCGCUGAUGCGGCGCCUCUACUUUGGCCACCUCAGCCUGCUGCGCAUUAUGCCCGAGGACCCCUUUGAUUUGCAGUGGCGGAGGUACCUGGAAGGCUGCCGCAUGGGCGGCGAGCGGGUGGCGUCGCAGCAUGGCGGCAGCUGCCUGUCUGUCUUGGAUGAGGCGGAGCGCCGCGUCUACCCCUACAGCCCCGAAGACCCCGACGAGGGCACGCGGCGCCGCAUGGCCAUCCGCCACGCGCUCGAGACGACCCGCUUGCUGCGCCGCCUCGCCGCGGGCCCGCAUGGCUUUGCCGCGCUGCGGCCGGGCGGCGGCGCUGCGGCGCCGGAGCUGCAGCAGCUGCUGGCGUUCACGCUGCAGCCGGCGCUGGACCGCUACACCAACGAGUUUACAGACCUCAAACUCAAAGGCUGGGGCAAGCGGCGCGCCUCCGAGAUCAUGGUCCCCCAUCUGGCUGAACGCCUGUCGCCGCAGCUGCUGACGUGCCUCCUGGCCGACGUGGCGACCGGCCUGCUUUGCCCAGGGCAGCCGCCCCCGCCCGACUCCCCAGAGCAUGCGGCGACCCUGCAUUUGCUGCUGUCCAUCGCCGCCACCAACGCCCUGGCUGAGGCCGCCGGCUCCACCUCGCGGCAGCGAAUGAAGGCGUCCGGCCGCGAGGGGUUCAGGGACUUACCAGGCCUGCGCCGCGUGGCCAAGCUGCUGCUCGCGCCGCCACCUCAGCUGGUGCUUCGCGAUCUGACGGACGCGGUCCUCGGAUCGGCCGAGGAGGAGGGCGCGCGGUGGCACCUGGCGGGCAUGCUGGUCAAGAGCGUGUGGAGCAGCGGCGGCUGCGACCUAGCGAUUGCGGAGGCGGCGGCGGCGCCUGAUUUUGUUGCGGCGGCGGAACGGGAGGCACGGAUGCUGGCAGCAGCGUGGCGCCAGGCAGCAGGGGGCGACAUGGAUGCCAGCACCGGCGGCGCUGGCGUGCAGUGCGCGAUUUCGUCGGUGCUGGUGCUAGCGCGGGCGCAGGCCGCAGUACUCGCUCACCUGCUGCGCGCGCAGGACUUGCCCGGCGCUGCUGAGCUGGCGCCCGCGCAGGCGGCCGCGCUGCUGCACGCGCUCGACUGCCUGGAUGCCUGCGUGGUGUGCCUGGUCCUCCACCUGUCCUCCAUGCUACGGCGCUUCCGCGCCGUCAACGCCGCCGCCGCCGCCCUCGCCGCCGACGGCGCGCCGGGGGGCGGCGACGCGCCCUGCGCCCCUGUCGCAUCCCACGAGCCCUCGGCGCUGGGCGCCGCCGCGGUUGCGCAGCAGGCCCUGGGGCGCGGCCCUGACGAGGUCGUCCCUGACCCUUACUUUGACCGGUUAGGACCGCGGACAGAGCCCAAACACAUAGAGAGGAUCCACGAGCUGCAGCGGCGCGUGUUUGCCCACAGCGCCCGCCGCGUCCUGGCUGCUGGCAGGGGCGCCGGCUCGGACGGCGGGGCGAAGGGCAGCGGUGAAGGCGAGGAGGCGCCUGACGCUGCUGUCGAGGAAGCGCUGCGUGCGCUGGCGGUCAAUAGAGAGGCGCUCCUGCAGUCAGAGGCGGCCCUGCAUAUCGCAACUAAAGCGGGCAAGGGCGGCGACGCCGACGCCGACGGCGGGGGCGGGGCUGACGGCGGGGGUGAUGGCGGCAGCAGCAGCGACGAAGACGCUGGCAGCGCCAAUGGCGGCAAUGGCAUCGGAAGCAAAAGCGACAGAAGACGCGGCAAUGGCAGCCAAGGCGGCAGCGAGGGCGAAGAGGACGAUUGCGCCGGCGGCGGCGGCAACUGCAACGGCGGCACGCACGACGCCCGCAGCGCCGCAGGCGGCAAGGGCACGCCCUGCCCGGCGCAUGAGCUGAGCCAACACUUGCCGCUCGCGUGCCGUGGACUCGUGGACUGGCGGCGCACGUACGGCAAAGCGCAGACCGUACACGCCGCGCUCGCGUUCCGCCGGGAGCGCGCCUCGCGCAAGCGCGACCCCGCGCCCGGCGCCAGGCACGUCCGCGCCGAGGCCCUGCCGACGAAGCGGCGGCUGGACCAGCUGCUAGCGCAGCGCGGCGACUGGGAGCGCAUGGCGCGCCUGCAGCCGCAGGCGGGCAUGUGCCCCCACAGCAGCGACAGGGAGCUGUGGGCGGCGGUCUUCUCGGCGGUAGGGACCAGCCUGCCGUUCAGGGACCCACGGGUGGCGGCCAUGGCGGGGCUGCAGCAGGAGCGCACCGCCCUGGAGCUUGCAGUCGCGGCGGCCGCGGCGGCAACGUACGCGAAGCAGCUCAACAACACCUUCGAUGCGGCGUACUCUCCCGCCAUGGUGGUGCGCGCCGCGCGCGUUCUCGAGGCGCUGGGGCCGCUGGCCGAGUCCCUCGACCCGCCCGCCGACGCCGUGCCCCUCUGGCCCGCGCUGGCGCAGCAGGCGGUGUCCGCGGCGCUGCUGCAGAGCCUGGGCCCUGGGGGGUGGGCGCACCGGCCGCCGCCCAGCACCUACAGCGGCGACUGCUGGUUCAAGGGCGACGGCGACGAGGGGGAGGGCGGCAUGCCCAUGUGGCCCGUGUGGUUCCACCUGCACAUGCUGGGCGUGCUGGGGGACGAGGGCGGCCGCGACGGGCCCGGCGGCAACGGCAGCACGGGCGGCGGUCUCAUGGCGUCGCUUGCGCGGAGGGCUGCGGCGCUAGACUCGGCAAAAUUUAGCGAGUUCGGCAUAUCUUAUAAGCAUGACGGCGCACGGUAUUCACGGAGCAUGGCCGGCUGGUUGGCGGUUGUGUACUCCGACCCUGAUGCCAGGCUGGCUGCAGCGGAGUUUGCGGUGCGCCAGGCCUUCCUGCCGCGCGACUUCCAGCAGCUGCAGCGCCAGGGCUGGUACUUUUGGAACUGCAUACACCCUCAGUUCUGGGCGGAGCGCGUGGAAGCCGGCGCCCCGCACGCGCGCAACUGCGACAAGUGCGGACAGCCUGCCCCACCGGACGUCCCACUCCAAAUGUGCCCAGGCUGCGGCGUAGCCCAGUUCUGCAGUCCCGCUUGCCUGGCCGCCGCAGAGCUGCGCGAUAUCGACACUGGGUUGAUGGGGCAUGCAACUGUCUGCGGAACGCUUGGGCGCUCCGUGCAAGCCGCUCAAUUUCGCUUCGACAAGCUCCUGGACACCUGCCUGCACGCCAGUAUGCGCGUCAGCAGCGGCGGCAGACUAGCAGUGCGGCUGCUUGCGAGGUCACCGCUGCUGGUGGAUGAGCACGUUCGGGCAAGCACCGGGGAGCCGACCUUGCUGCGGCGGCAGGUGGUACAACAGCAACUGCAGCAGCAGCAGCAGCAGCAGCAGCAGCAGCAGCAGGAGCAGCAGCAGCUGCAGCAGCAGCAGCAGCAGCAGCAGCAGCAGCAGCAGCAUGUGGAGCAGCAAUUGGACGCGCGUGACAAGCAGGAAGAGGUCAAGACACAACCUUGCAUCCUCGGCCGAGGGCCGUUCGCAGAUGCAGCGUCCGAGCUCGGCGCAUGGCCCAACGCGCCGAUUGGCGUGGGCCCGCCGCAAGGGUGGGGCGAGCCGCCGCGGCCGGACACUGCGGACGCCCUUGACCCUGACGGCCUGGGUGCGGGCUUUACGGUCGUGAGCCUGCCCGCGCCAUACGAGUGGCCCAAGGCAUACCGCGUCACACUAGCAAAGGUGAUCAGCUCUGCCUGA